AUGGAACAGAAAGCAGACUCUCGAAAUGAUGGAAAAACUCCAAGCCCAAAUGGUUGCAGGCUUCGAAGCCCACCUGUUGCUUCUCUCCUCGGUUCGACUGGGAGAACGAGUGCUUUUGUUCCAUUUCCAGACCUUAACUUUCCGCCGGAUUCCCAACCCGCUGCUUCCUUCUCCACCGAUGCUUCCACCUCUCUCUCCCGAAUCAACCAUGGAGUUCUCGAAGUAGCUGGACCGUCAUUGGCUAAGAAUCUAGAGGCUGAGGUGGAACCAGUUGACGAUCACAAGACUAAAAAUCCAAGCGGGAGCGUCUCUGUCAAUGGAGUUUCACCUGAUUCUGAUCAUACCCCUCCGCCUCCGCCUCCGCCUCCGCCUUCAUCUUCCUCCACCACAGCUCAUUUUUCCGUCGAGUGUAAUCGCAUCGCUGAGAAUCUCACUUCUUCAUUCGCGAGCAAGCGAUCUAAGGGAUAUGGCAAGUUCCGCAAAUCCAGUUCGAAUUCCCGCUUGAUCGCCGCCGCACCGUACGACAGAAACCACCAGUCAUUAGCGGUGCCACCGCCUCCGGGAUUUGGGGAUAAUCGCGUCUCCACCUACGUUGCCUCGCCUGCUCCUACACCGAGAUUCCAGAGAUCGAAUGAGCUCGUGAGGUUUGGUGCGCUAGAGCGCGAACAACAGAAACUUUGCCGAGACACCGUUAGACGAACUCGAAUGAUCUACAAUUCUCUCCAGAUUCAUCACAUAGCGAAGGCGAUGAAGGAUGCUGAACCUGGUACCAAACCUAGGGUCUAUGUCAAGGUUUCGAAUCAGAUGAAAGAGCGUGGUUUGUGGCUGAACCAAGGGAAACACAUCGUCGGUUCAGUUCCUGGGGUUGAGAUCGGCGACAUUUUCUCUUACCGUCUGGAAAUGUGCAUGGUGGGCUUACACGGCGUGAAACAAGCCGGAAUUGACUUUUUAACGGCUCAGAUGAGCCCGAGUGGUGAGCCUAUAGCUACCAGCAUUGUCGUCUCAGGUGGUUACGAGGAUGAUGAAGACAGAGGAGAUGUUCUGAUUUAUACAGGUCACGGUGGUCAGAAGAGGCCCCACGGACAUUGUGAACACCAGAUGCUAGAAGGUGGGAAUCUAGCAAUGGAGAGGAGUAUGCGCUAUGGUAUUGAGAUUCGAGUGAUUAGAGGAUCAAAGUAUGAGAACAGUAUUAGCUCUAAGGUGUAUGUGUAUGAUGGGUUAUAUAAGAUUGUAGGAUACGAAUAUGAUUUUGGCAAGUCUGGUUUCAAGGUGUUUAAGUUUACGCUAGUCAGAAUCGAAGGGCAACCGGAGAUGGGCAGUAUGAAAAUGAAGCUAGCAGAGAUACUUAGAGACAAACCGUUGAAGGUUAGGCCUGAUGGGUACCUAAGUUUUGACUUGUCUUGCAAGAAGGAGAAUGUCCCAGUGUAUCUAUAUAAUGACAUAGAUACUGAUCGUGGACCUAUAUACUAUCAAUACCUCUCGAAAGCUACUCUACAUCCUCUAGCUAUUGCUCAGUCAGGGAUCAACAUGACUGGUUGCGACUGCACUAACCACUGCACUGGAGAUUGUCCCUGUGCAAAGAAGAACGGUGGUGAGUUUGCGUAUGACCACAAAGGGAAUCUGCUGAGAGGAAAACCGGUGAUAUUCGAGUGUGGGGGUUCAUGUAAAUGCGGUCCGAGCUGCAAGAGUCGUGUGACGCAGAAGGGAAUGAAGAAAAAGCUUGAGGUUUUCAAGUCGAGGGAAAUGGGCUGGGCUGUUAGGACUCUCGGCAUAAUCAACGCCGGUGAGUUCAUCUGCGAGUACGCAGGUGUCACUCUCACGAGAGACCAGGCGUUUGCAUUCUCGAUGAAUGGGGAGGAGGAUAGCCUUGUCCAUCCAGGUCGGUUCCCGGAAAGCUGGAGGAAGUGGGGCGAUAUUUCUCUAGCGGAGCCUGAGUAUGCUCAGCCCAAUGAUCCAUCUCUCCCUCCACUAUAUUUUGCAAUGGAUGUUGCCAUGCAUAGAAACGUGGCUAGUUACAUUACGCACAGCAGAGAACCAAACGUGAUGGCACAGUUUGUGUUACAUGACCAUGAUAACUUGAUGUUCCCUCGCGUCAUGCUUUUUGCAUUGGAGACCAUCUCUCCGUUAACCAUGCUAAGCCUGGACUAUGGGUUUGGCCGAUGAAACUGAGGAGUUUCCAUAGCCUAAGAUGGAGAAAUCUUUGACAAAGCCUUUCUCUUCAAAUUCGAUGUUCUGUCGUUUCUUCUUUCUGCAAUAUUUGGAAGACAAGGACAAGAGGCGUAUAUGUCCAUUUUCAAUGUAAAACAUUCUCUUUUAUCAAUAUGUACCUUUUUAAUGUUAUUAAUGUGCUGAAUUUUGAAUUGUGUCUCUGUCGUUCAUAUGAUAUGAUGGAAAACAAUGUAAAGGCAUAUCAACAAAACAUUCUAUAGAGAAUUCUUGUUAUAAAGUUUUGUAUUCGAUUUUA